GCAUGACCUUGUGGACCUGGCGGCAUUUGAGUUGCAGAAACAGUGGUUUCAGCGUAACAUUUGCUGACUUGGGCUUCACGACCAUUCGUUUCUUAAUUUCUGAUAUAAAUCUGGUAGAAAAGUAGAAACAAUGGCGGAAGUUGUAGAGCGUAACUUGGAAGACUCAGUUGGUGAGAUUCUUCACAUACGAAAAGCAAAGCUGUUUAGCAAGUUGGAAGUUAAUGAAAUAGUCCGCAAAAGAAGGUAUCAUGAGUAUGCUCUACAGAAGCGCAAUAAACGAAUUAUUGACUAUGAUGCCUACAUUAGUACUGAACUGACAAUAAUCAAAUUACUACGUUUUCGUCGUCAGAUUGCAGAAGACAGCAGAUAUGUUGAUAAGAUUGAAAAGUCAAUUAUUAGUCGCCUUAUACGUUUACAUCGGCAAUUGUGUUACAGAUUUCAGUCUCAUAUUGACCUUUGGAUGCGUUUUAUUCACUUUUGUAAAAUUAUUGGUCGCCAUUUGUCGGUUGUGCGCAUAUGGAAUAAUGUUUUGCAAAUACAUGGUCGAACAGAUCCUAGAUUAUGGAUUGCUGCAGCUGCAUACCACCUACAUCAUGGUGUUAGAGCUGAGGCUCGUGCAGAUCUCCGCAGUUUCACAAAACAGAAAAAUGAAUUACUGCAAGCACGUAAAAGACUGCGAAGUGAAUAUUCAGUGUUGAAUCGUCAUGCAUCAAGAGAAGAGAAGCAUAAGCUCAAUGAGCUUAUGAAGGAGUUGAAAGAAAAUCAACUCUCCAUAGAUGAAGCAACUAAAGAGAUAACUAGAGAACGCCGUCUCACUUGGGAUCGAGCCCAUUUGUAUGCAAUUCGAGAAGCUCGUCAUCUGUUGACUGAAGGGAUUUCUUUAAAUCCUGAAUGUGAUCUACUACACUUAGAAUUAGCCAAACUAGAGAUUAAUGCUUUAGAUUUCUUUCGUUCUCGUAUCCUUCCACGAUAUGAAAGCUGUAAUAAUACUAUCAUUAAUAUGUCUGUAGACGACAGCAGUCUAAGUGAAUGUAUCAAAAAAAAGAAGUCGAAAUCUGUAUCAAAGAAAGCGGAAAUUGAUAAUAAACAAUUCAUGAGUUUAGUAACUGAAGAUGUUGAUUUCAUUGUAAAAGGAGGAGCUGUCAAUUUAGUCAUUGAAUCACUAUUAUCCCGUUGGGUUAACAAUACUGAAAUGUUGGAAUUAUUGCAUGAAAUCUUAUCCUCUGUUCCACAAUUAAUAGAAUCUGGUUUGAUUGAGAAAGUUGUUAGUUGCCUAAAUGAUGCUAAGGAGAUGAAGAAUUCACAGUCUAUAUUAAAAGAUGAGGUAUCGUCCUCUGAAUGUCAAGCUCAAAGCAUUCAGUCUACACUUUCUAAUCAACUAGCAGAACUUCAUAAAACAAUGAUGGAUAAAGGAGUUGAAGCUGUACUAGAGUUGUGGAAUUCAUGGUAUUUACCUUCCACAGUUCAUUCCUCACAAAUAUCAUCCCUUCGAUUGAUUAAUCCUGGAUUUCCUGAAGCUGUUGGUUUACUACGUGCUCGUUUAACUGCACUUUCAUUAUAUUCAGUGUAUAAAUUGGAUGAUCAGUUGUUGAUGACAACAAAUUCAAUGGAUACUAGUGAAGAUAAGAUUAAUUCUCAGGAUAUUUAUUACAAGAGACGACAAUAUUUGUGUUCUGAAAUCAAUAAAACUCGAUCAUUAUUCGAUUUACUAGCCACUUCACAAUGGGGUAGUCAUUGUCCAGGUAAAAUAAUAUUUCAUAAUUCCAUCUUCCCCUUAAAUGUGCUGCUUAACUAGUUCACUUAUUUUUCGACAUUUUUUUCAAGUUAUUUAUUCUGAAUGGAAGAAAACUGAAAGGUGUUCAACCACAGCACACAUUUUCUGUCCUGAGAGCACUGAACAGCUAUUUCUUCCUUGUACGGGACUCCUCAACUGUGCGCAUCCAUGAUCCUGUUUGGAAUCGACCCCAUGACCUCCAGAUCUCACGGCCAGCAGCUUACCAUUAAGCCAUUGGGUCACAAUCCAAUAGUCCACAGUUUUAUUACUUCUCUCAGUUCAUGAAAUAGGGUGACCUUCAUCCGAUGCCGUCGUUGAGUAACUGUCCUCAUGUUCGACUCGGUUGACUCCACCGGUCAUCACUUCUCAAUAGAACUUCGGGAAUCAUCUCUCACCAAUGAGCACUAAAUUAAUGCAGUUUGGUGAUGUAUAGGGAUUUAUUGAUUGACUUCAGGCUGGUAUUUAUCAUGGACUGACAUCAGUUGGAUAAACACGAGUCAUUAGUCCUUCCUAUUUUCGAAGUCAGUUAUAUUAGGAUAAGAAACGAAUGACUUAGGGCAACCGGUCAAGGUCAUCCAUAUGCCAUCUGAUAAAAUAGUCUUCUAAUUGAAAUUGGGAUCCAGUGAACAACUAGUUCUAGUAGCUGAAUGCCUAGAGCAUAUUGAAUUGCUAAUUGGAGAUCACCACUUCCGAUCGUGUUGCGACUCAGUCAUUAUCCACAUAUGUUCUGUUGCAUAAAAGAGCUAACCCGAUUGUUGUUGUUCCAUUUCAAUAUAAACUAGUUAGAUAUACAACACAAAGUAAAGGCGAAGAAUAUCAUAUUGUCUGACAACUCAGUUUCAAGAUUGGGGUAAUACAGAACUAGGUAAUAAAUGACCAUUGUAUUAAACUGACUGACUGACAAAAUCAAUGUAGAACCUUCAUACAAUUGCAUCGGCUCCAGUUACCACACUUUACAGAAGUACGCAAGGAACAGGUGGAUAGGAAAAGUGAUAUCAAAGUAGACGAAGUUAUGUAAGAGAAUAAAAAGAGCUGAAGACAAAGGGGACCCCAACUAGGCAGUCUACAUUUCCCCAAAUGAAUGAAGUUAACCGUAAGAGAUAUUCUAAACUGUUGCCACGUCUUGAUCUGGUCAUUUUGAACCAUGUUUUAACCUAAUCCAACUUCUCCUAGCAUAGCAUGUCGAGGUAGGCAAUGGUUAGGCAUGUACAGUACAUGUCCAAGCCAUAUCAGCCAAUGAAGGUUCACAACCUCAUAAAUCGACUCCAUUGAAGUAAAUAACGCAGAGCUGAUGAGACGUUGAAUUUUAUGUUUUCAGCCUCAUGGAUUUAAGGAUUUCAGCUUCUGUAUCGAAGAAAUAUAACAGAGUACAAAAGGAAAUAGUUAAAUACUUCAAGAGUAUGAUUGGUUCCUGUGACUGAUUUAUCAUCCGCAUAUUACUCACUUUUAUGAGAAUGUUCAUCCAAUAUUUAAGGUACUGACUGACAUCAGUAAAUGUACUCGUACAUAUUAACAACUAUGAACAAACGGACUGAAUUUCCCACCAUUCACAGACUUGUACACCAGACUAUUAGUCAUAUCAGUCAGUAAUUGGGAAAUAAAGUCGGAACCUGUAAUAGAUUGGUUGAGAGUUGAGCACUGGAGUCUGUAAACCACUAUUCCACAUGAGACGAUUUAAAGCAACUAUUUUUAAGCAACAAAUCAGAUCGACUUCAUUUCAAUCUCAAGAAAGUGGAGGCGCAGUCUACCGAACACAAAAUCAAGAACAGGAGCAGAUGUAGCUUCAGACCACUAUCUAGUACAAGGAACCUUCGAAAUUAAGUUGAAAGUCGUCAAAGAAUCUAGUGAUAGACCACAGUUCACGUUCAACAACCAGAACAGAAAGUGAAGGAUGAAACUACAAACAACAUCUUCCGACAGCCAUCAGCACAAAAUGGGAGACAUUAAGCAGCAUCCUUGAAGAAACCUGCGUGGAAAAGCAUUGGAACUUUUUGAAAGCUAUGUGGAAAGAAACCUGCAUAACCGUAUUAGGAAGGAAGAAGAAAGAAGACAAGGAGUGGAUCUCAAUGGACACAUGGAAGCUGAUAGAGGAGGGAGAGGAGGAUAGUUAAGCAGAAGAUGAACCAGUUCAGGGAUGAACAACGAAAAGAGAAACUGAAUACAACAUAUAAAACACUAGACAAAGAAGUAAAGAAGAGUGCGCGGAAAGAUAAAAGACACUUCUAUGACACACUUGCAACUGAAACAGAACAGGGUACUGGUGGGAGAAACCUGACAACGUUAUAUCGAAUAACCAGGUUACUAUCUGGAAAGAGACCAACGCAGAUGGAACCAAUGAAAGAUAGUGAAGGAAACCUAGUUACCGUCAAAGAGAAGAAACAAAGAAAAC